CUUCUCUCAGCUUCGCAAAAGGGUCAAACGGCCAUAGUCAAUCUCCUCUUGUCACGCGGCGCUUCAGCAACUGCACAAGACAAGCACGGGAGGUUCCCCUUACUGGUGGCUGCAGAAAAUGGCCAUGAGCCUAUCGUGAAGCUGCUUCUCGAGAACGGGGUUGAUGUUAACGCAAAAGAAACGUCGAAUUAUGGCCGCACAUCGCUGUGGAAGGCUGUUAAAAAUGGCCAUGAGGCAGUGGCAAAGCUUCUUAUUGACAAGGGAGCCGACAUCAAUGUCAGAGAUUGUACUGGAAUGACAUUGCUCUCA